AUGAGUACUCGCAGUAACCCAGUAAGGAACACCAGGUCGCGCACCAGGCAGCCCGAUGAACCUACCGAGUCUUCCACAUCAGCGAUUCAACCCUCCACUCCAAUGCCUACUGAAGAUCGAGUACCGCCAUCGCCACGUCGUGACGACCCCAAGAAGCGUCGUAUGGAGGUUGAUCCACAAGUGCGAAUGGCCACCGCGCACACCCGCGGCGCUUCAGGGACAGGAAAACCAGUCCCACGACGCAAGGAUAUAUUCAAGCAACCGCAGAAGAAAAAAGCUGUUGUUGUUGCUACUGCUGCAGCAGCUGUGACGACGCCGGUUGUUGCUUCUGCUGCUGCUGCUGCUGUUGCGACGACACCAGUUGUUGCUGCUGCAGCUGUGACGACGCCGGUUGCUGCUGCUGUUGCUGCUGCUGCAGCUGUGACGACGCCAGUUGUUGCUGCAAGAGCAGCACUCGUGCUUGCCCCGAAGAUCCCAAGACUGAUACUGAAGCCUCCGCGUGCACCAGCCUCAUCAGUGAUCAGUUCUGUACAGGCUCAGCCCACUCACCUGCUCACGCCAGCGGCAUCCAAGGACACGCCAAAAAACGCCACCCUGUUCUCCGUGCUUGCGGAGUAUACCAAGGAGCCAGCACUGGUGCCCUCAUGGACGAUAGCCCAUGAUGACCAGUCCCAUGUAGCUCCGCUCAUGCUGGCACCGCCAAAGAUCAAGACCACGCCACCGACUGUUGUCAGGGCCGAUCCCGCUGCACACGCCGCCCCGCCGGAGGGAUCCGUAACCUCCAACGAUAUGUCAGCAAACCCCAGAAUUGAUGCAUUGUUUGGAAUGCACCUUCAAGCAGGCAGAGGGGCGCAUUGUGGUUCUACAACGAGCAUGCCUCGGGGGAGAAGCAGUCAACCUCAUGCCACCCCUGCCCUUGGUAUGAGCCGAGGGCCGACGCCUCUGAGAGACAUCAGUGAUGCCGCGGCCACAUCACAGUACCCUCGAGAAGCGCACGCACCUACAAGGGAAUCCUCCUUGGCACCGAUGGAUCCAAGCAUGAUGGGACCAGCAGACAGGAGAGCAUCGGUGAUGAAGAAUAUACAGGAUAGGCUUUCCAACCUCGAAUUCGAGUUCCCGAGAGUUCGAGAGAUCGUCAAGGAAGUUCCAACAAUGCUCAUAAGCUCCAUGUCACACGAUCUGAAGGUGUUGCGUGGGGAGUUGAACACUGCCAUUGCAAGGAACAACGAGGUAGAGGGGAGGUUAGAUGAGAUGGGGCGGGAGAUGGCCAACAUGAAGGCAGAGGUUAAUGCUUUGAAGGCGGAGACAAGAGAGAGGUCAGCGGGGCGAGAUGGCAGCGACACAGGGCAGAGGCGGAAUAACAUUCUGUCGAUGACCAUACGGAAUAUCAUGUAUGAUUGGAUGGAGAUUCCGCAUGAUAGUGCAGUCCUUCCGGAUCCGCUCCCUAUUGAUGAAGCAGGAGUACAAGAUGGGGCAGAGGACAAUAGGAUCCUACGGCCAGGCUGGACUGACUCAUGGUGCGCCAAUGAGGCAGGGUGGGCAAAAAAUGUGGUGGCUGGGGUGCAAAUGGAUGGUGCACGCUGGAAUCCAAGUGCGAAUCAAACCGAAUUAGCAGAACUCGUGACGCCUACGAUCCUAGCUGCAAUUCACGUCACCUUCUCGAGCUGGGUCAAGGCCUACAAGAAGUCAAAGAAGCCCAUUGUCGAUCAGUCCAUCGUAAGGCAGAAGCAGCGACGCAACGGCCGUAAAACACAGAAAGCAAACAGUCGCAAGAUGUAUCGCGUGCUGGUCCCCGAGGCAGCCGGACCAGAAUGGGCAUUCAUAGGGGAGACUAUGUAUCAGUCCACGGAUGAAUCGGAGGAGGAAACACUCACCGGUGCAGGAGGGAAUGGUGGACUGGAUCCACAGACUGACGAUGAAGGGCCCAUCAGUCGCAAUGCACAGAUGGGGGUUUCUAAACUUGGGAAGCGGAAGCCUGUGUCACAUAAGCCUUACCUGACGCAUGCUCCAACGUACCGCGCGGCUCAGGUAAACGAGAUCCUGGAUAAAGUAGAUGACAUGAGAAAUGACAACUCAAACCCACAUGUCCGGGAGUAUGGAGCGCCGAGGGAGAAAGGCUUACCUGUCAGCAAGAAAAUCACAAAGCCCAAAAUUCCUCGUAUGAUGGUUGACCUCCAGUGGCUUGCGAUGCAUCCUGAGAACGACACUCCUUUGCAUAUCCAAGACUUUGAGAGUGCUCUGUUGGAGGAACGGGAAGGGCACUUUGGAGAAGAUGAUGAUUUGUAUGGAAAUGAGGUUCCAGACAAGAUGGCAGAACCUUGGGAUGAGGAAAUGUAG